GUAGUUAUCCCUAAUUUUCUUGGUGUUUAUUUCAUCGUCAUUAAAUAAACAAUAAAUUCACGCAAUUUCGAUAGGAAACGCUACAAGAAUAUCGGCAAAAGCAUGACAAACGUGAUUGUGAAAUAGACCGUGUGGAAAGUGUGGAAAAUCCAACAAGGAAAAUCAUUAGGAAAAAAAGUGAAAUCAGUUUUUUUCAUUAACACAAUACAAUAGAGAAGUAAGAAGUAAGAAGAAGUUAGCUUAUCGUUGGUUCGUGUAUCAGUUGGCAGUUUGGUGGUCGACAACAACCACAACAACAGCAACAAAAAUUAGUACAAAAAUAUAAAAGAAAAUCGUGUGUGUUAACAAAUUAAUAAAGCAAAACAAAAACAACGAGAACUGCUAAAAUAAUGUCGAAAUCACAAAUCAAUGGUGGCCUACCAACAACAUUUCGACGUAGCAAAAGUGGCAUCGAUAGCAAUUUGCCAAAGAUUGGCGGCAGCAGCAGCAACAUCAAGACUGCAAAUCAUUCCAACAACAGCUCCAUCAACACCACCAGCACCGCCACAACGACGAAGACGACAACAACACCACUCACCUCAUCAGCUGGGGUGAGUAGUGUUGUUGGUGUAACACCAGCCCUGGAGUGUCCACCCCCUGCCACAGCCAAAGACCAGUUAAGUGUUAAUCGUUUAAGUGCGGGUGGUAAUGCAUCUUCGGCCCCGGGGCCCGGUGGUACAAGUUCAUCGCCUGAUGUGGAAGCCAUGCGAGAAUGGUGGCGCACACGAAGUCUAAACGCCCCCUCACCAUUUCAACAAUUUGGACCAUGUGGACGCAUUAUGAAAAAUCCAGCAAUGGUUAUGCAAAUACAGGACCCGGCCAGUCAGCGUUUGACCUGGUACAAACCACCGUUAACGGUGUUGGUAAUCAAAAAGGUGCGAGACUCCACUGUAAUGGCUCCUUUCGUUCAACUUGUCGAAUGGUUGGUACAGGAGAAACACAUGGUGGUCUGGGUUGAAUCGGCAGUACUGGAUGAUUUGUCGCUGCAGGAGGACAAACGGUUUCAGAAUAUCAAAGAGAAAUUAGUUACAUUCAAAGAUGGCCGUGAUGAUCUUACCGAUCGCAUUGAUUUCAUUGUUUGCCUUGGAGGCGAUGGCACACUGCUCUAUGCCUCGCUACUGUUUCAACAAUCUGUGCCACCCGUAAUGGCUUUCCAUUUGGGUUCAUUGGGUUUUCUUACACCAUUCCAAUUUGAUAAUUUCCAAGAGCAGGUAACCAAUGUUUUGGAGGGUCAUGCUGCUCUGACGUUGCGCAGCCGUCUGCGUUGUGUCAUCUAUAGGAAAAGUGAAAGACGCAAGGAUUCGGAUUGCCAACAGAAUCAAAUGAAUUGUAGUAUCUCAGGUGAUAGUGGAGUUUCGAUGGAUUCCUGUGGCGGCAGUGGCACACAUAAUGCCAGUGGCAAAAGUGGCAGCCGGGCGCCAUCAACAAAUAUAUUGGUCCUCAACGAAGUGGUCAUCGAUCGUGGACCAUCACCAUAUCUCAGCAACAUUGAUUUGUUUUUGGAUGGCAAAUAUAUCACCUCGGUCCAGGGCGAUGGUUUGAUUGUCAGCACCCCGACGGGCAGUACAGCUUAUGCUGUGGCGGCCGGUGCCUCCAUGAUCCAUCCAUCUGUGCCCGCCAUCAUGGUAACACCCAUUUGUCCACAUUCAUUAAGUUUUCGUCCUAUUGUCGUACCUGCUGGUGUUGAACUUAAGAUUUCCGUAUCACCAGAUAGCCGCAACACAUCAUGGGUCUCGUUCGAUGGUCGCAAUCGUCAAGAGCUAUUCCACGGUGACAGUCUGAGAGUAACAACCUCAAUAUAUCCAGUGCCAAGUAUAUGUGCCCAAGACCAAAUAUCCGAUUGGUUUGAUUCCCUGGCCGAGUGUUUGCACUGGAAUGUACGCAAGAAGCAAAAGUGUUUGGAUGAAUUGUCCGACCUGACUGCAUCCGGUUCCGAAGAUACACUCGAUGAAUUGGAAAGGGGUUCAGAUUCUUUGUUAGAUAGUUAAAAUUCCAUUUAAAAAUGGAAUGGUAGGUCAUUCAAAAACAUACCAACAACUAAGCAAUAUUAAAAUUUCAUUGGUUAUGUGAAAUGGAGAAAAAAAAAAACAGAUAGGAAAAUAAACAAAGGUCUUAAACUAUAAAUCGGAAUGUGUUAAAAAGGCUUAACAUUGUAUGGAAAGCUUUCUCUGUAGGCUUGUAUAUUAUUAUUAUUUUUUUUUCUGUUUUAUUAUUAAUUUUUU